AUGGCGUCGGCCCAGCAGGUUCUGCUCUCCCCGGCAGAGCUUGCCUACCUUCACUCGACGCUCUCUCUCACGCCGCCAAUUCGCCCAGACGGCCGGAAAGCGAACCAGUUCCGCCCUCUCACUGCUGAGACGGGCAUUCUCCCUGGCACCAAUGGCAGCGCACGUGUGUGCUUCGCCGACGGCACCGAAGCAAUCGUGGGCGCCAAGGCUGAAAUCGAAAAGACGCCCAGCCCCUUCGGCAGCGAAGACGACAGCGAGGAAACGAAAAAGCUGAGAGAGGCGGGCGAGGAGGCAAGAGGUCGCAAUGACUGGCUCGAGAUCGCGGUUGAGAUUCCCGGAUCGAGAGACGAUGACGCCGCGACCGUUUUUCUGGCAAACAUGCUGAGCGAGGCGCUGCUCGCCGACGGAGAGUUCUCAAAGAAGCUGCGCAUCAACAAUAGAUUUCAUUGGAAGCUCUAUCUUGAUAUUCUCCUGAUCUCGCCGCCCCUGUCCUAUCCGCUACCUCUGCUCUCCCUCACAACCCACAUCGCGCUGCUGGCGACCCGCCUGCCGCGUCUCAAGUCAGAGGGUGACGAAGACCCGAUGUUUGAUGACGAUUGGGAAGCCUCGACAUUCCUGUAUCCUCGCGACGGUGGCGGCGUUUCGACCACGCGGCCACCCAUCACUCUGCUCGUUAUCGCUGUGGGAGGAAACAUCAUAUUCGACCCUGCGCGCGAGGAAUUGGCGGUCGCCGAGUCAGCGUUGGCGGUGUCUGUCGCGGAGGAGAGGAGGGCGACCGAUGCCGGAGCUGGAGGCAUGGAAGUGGAUGGUGCGGGCAGAGAGCUGAAGCUGCUUGCCGUCAGGACCGUUGACCCGCCCUCGAGACUGACGGCGCCGGGUGUGCUCAACUCAAACAAUCCUGCAACCGGUCUCGCUGGCACGCCUUCGAAGCAGCCGCCGACUCCGCCACCUGCGGACGGCCAAGCUGCAGAAGGCGUCUGGAAGCCGCCGAUAGGAGGUACCAAGCUCAACGUACUCGAGGCUAUGAUUGCCAAGGUGCUGGAGAAGGGAGGCAUUGCAGACGAGGUGCUGGAUGGCGUCGCUGGAGUGGAAUUGUCCUAG